AUGCCUCCGACACGUCCGCAACGCUCCAACUCGGCCAGGACAAUCCACAAAUCGCAUCGAUCAACCCUGUUCCUUCUCAAUGACCGAGGCACCAUUCACGUCUAUGACCUGCUGCCGACGAGCCCCGGCGCACUCAAUGCGAGAUACUGCACGCUCACCUUUAUGACGAGAGAGAUGAGAAGAUCCUCGACGAUGUGGUCCAAGGAGUUCCAGGGCACCUCUGGGCCUGGCUGGCUGAAUCGCGCGGCCAGCAUUGGCGUUGCGCUGCCCUGUGUCGUGCCGAGGGAAUGGAUCGACCCGCCCGAGUACGACAUGGUUGACGGCGAGCUCCUGGACGAGGACGAGGACGAGGACGACGGGACGCACGAAGGGUCUCGUAUGCUCAAGCAGUCCCCACCUAGGUUCCACGGUGAACCACGCCCCGAGGAGGGACAAGAGUCGGGAUGGGGAAGCGAAGACGACAGACGGCACGGAGGCAGCGGCAAGGGAAAGCAAGUUGAACGGGAUCAAGCCGGUCGGACAUUGCCGGCAUCAGAGAGAGCUCCGAGGCCAUAA